AGCCGCUUCCGGUCGGAGCGAAGCUGGGCUACUGAGGGGACGCUGCGAGGCUGGAGUUCAAAUCAGAGGACUUGCUGCCCCUACUAUGGCCGCCUCACAGUCUCCACAAACCGUUGCAGCUCAUGUCCCCUUUGCAGACUUAUGUUCCACGUUGGAACGGAUACAUAAAAGUAAAGACCGUGCAGAGAAAAUCAGGCACUUCAAGGAAUUUUUAGAUUCUUGGCGGAAAUUUCACGAUGCCCUUCAUAAGAACAAGAAGGAUGUUCUAGACUCCUUUUACCCAGCCAUGAGACUUAUUCUUCCUCAGUUAGAGAGAGAGAGGAUGGCGUAUGGUAUCAAAGAAACCAUGCUUGCCAAGCUUUACAUCGAAUUACUGAAUUUACCAAGGGAAGGCAAGGACGCCCUGAAGCUCCUAAAUUAUCGAACACCGAGUGGCGCUCGCACGGAUGCUGGGGACUUUGCGAUGAUUGCGUACUUCGUGUUGAAGCCACGGUGCUUACAGAAAGGAAGCUUAACCAUACAGCAGGUGAAUGAACUCUUGGACUUAGUUGCCAGCAAUAAUUCUGGCAAAAGAAAAGACCUAGUAAAAAAGAGCCUUCUCCAGUUGAUAUCUCAGAGUUCAGCCCUGGAGCAAAAGUGGCUGAUUCGCAUGAUCAUUAAAGACUUAAAGCUUGGUGUCAGUCAGCAAACGAUACUUAACGUUUUUCAUAAUGACGCAGUUGAGUUGCACAACGUCACCACAGAUCUGCAGAAGGUCUGCCAGCAACUCCAUGACCCCUCCACAGGGCUCAGCGAUAUCUCUAUCAGUCUCUUUUCUGCCUUUAAGCCGAUGCUAGCCGCCGUUGCCGAUGUGGAGCGCGUGGAAAAGGACAUGAAACAGCAGAGUUUCUACAUCGAGACCAAGCUGGACGGCGAACGCAUGCAGAUGCACAAAGACGGGGCGGUGUACCGGUACUUCUCCAGAAACGGCUAUAACUACACCGAUCAGUUUGGAGCAUCCCCAGAGGAAGGCUCCCUCACCCCCUUCAUCCACGACGCCUUCCGGACAGACGUGCAAGAGUGCAUCCUUGACGGUGAGAUGAUGGCCUACGCCCCGACCACGCAGACGUUCAUGCAGAAGGGGGUCAAGUUCGACAUCAAAAGGAUGGUGGAGGAUUCCGACCUGCAGACGUGUUACUGCGUCUUCGACGUGUUGAUGGUUAAUAAUAAGAAGCUAGGGCGUGAGACCCUGAGGAAGAGAUAUGAGAUCCUUAGCAAUACGUUGACACCCAUCCAGGGUCGAAUAGAGAUUGUGCAGAAGAAGCUAGCUCACACGAAGAACGAGGUGGUGGAUGCCUUAAAUGAAGCCAUUGAUAACAGAGAGGAGGGCAUCAUGGUCAAACACCCUCUGUCAAUUUACAAACCAGACAAGAGAGGUGAAGGGUGGCUGAAAAUUAAGCCGGAGUAUGUCACUGGCUUAAUGGACGAAUUAGACCUCUUAAUUGUGGGGGGCUACUGGGGCAAAGGUUCUCGAGGCGGCAUGAUGUCUCACUUUUUGUGUGCGGUGGCAGAAGCGCCGCCUCACGGUGAGAGGCCAUCCGUGUUCCAUUCUCUAUGUCGUGUUGGGUCAGGAUACACCAUGAAGGAGCUCUAUGAUCUUGGCCUGAAAUUGGCCAAAUAUUGGAAGCCUUUCCAUAAGAAAUCUCCACCGAGUAGCAUUUUAUGCGGCACAGAGAAGCCGGAAGUGUACAUCGAGCCUCAUCACUCCGUGAUUGUCCAGAUCAAGGCGGCAGAGAUCGUCCCCAGUGACAUGUACAAGACUGGGACCACGCUGCGCUUCCCGCGCAUCGAGAAGAUCAGAGAUGACAAGGAGUGGCAUGAGUGUAUGACCCUGGGUGACUUGGAAGAGCUGAGGGGGAGGGCAUCUGGGAAGCUUGCCACAAAGCACCUUCAUGUCGGCGAUGACGACGAACCUAGAGAAAAGAGACGAAAACCCGUCUCCAAAAUGAAGAAAACCAUCGGAAUUAUCGAACACUUGAAAGCGCCUAACCUCUCUAACGUAAGCAAGGUUUCUAACGUAUUUGAGGAUGUUGAGUUUUGUGUUAUGACUGGGAUGGAGGGCCAUCCCAAGCCUGACCUGGAGAACAGAAUUGCAGAACUUGGUGGCUGCAUCGUGCAGAAUCCAGGCCCAGAAACGUACUGUGUGAUCGCAGGGCGCAGGGGCAUCAGAGUGAGGAACAUUAUCUCCUCCGACGAACACGAUGUCGUGAAGCCCGAGUGGCUGCUGGAGUGUUGUAAAACAAGAACGUGUGUGCCAUGGCAGCCUCGCUUCAUGGUUCACAUGUGCCCGUCAACAAAGCAGCACUUUGCCCGUGAAUAUGAUUGCUAUGGAGAUAGCUAUUUUGUUGAUACAGAUUUGGAGCAACUGAAAGAAGUGUUCUCAGGAAUUAAACCCAGGGAGCAGCAGACUCCUGAAGAAGUGGCCCCCGUGAUCGCCGACCUAGAAUCCCGCUAUUCCUGGGAUCGCUCUCCUCUCAGUAUGUUUCGCCACUGCACCGUGUAUCUGGACUUGUAUGCUGUUGUCAACGACUUGAGCUCCAAAAUCGAAGCAACGAGAUUAGGUGUGACAGCACUCGAGCUGCGGUUUCAUGGAGCCAGGGUAGCGUCCUGCUUAUCUGAAGGGGUGUCUCAUGUGAUCGUUGGGGACGAUCAGAGCCGAGUUGCAGACUUCAAAGCUUUCAGGAGGACUCUUAAGAAAAAGUUUAAGAUCCUGCAAGAACGUUGGGUGACCGAUUCAGUAGACAAGUGUGAGCUGCAGGAUGAAAGUCGGUAUUUGCUCUAGAGCUAACUUUCCGGGGAGAGCAUGGGCUGCAUCAGUGUUUGCUCUAGAGCUAGCUCCAGGGAGAGCAUUGGCUGUGUCAGGCAACAGCGGCACUCACAAAGAAAUAGCCAGCGACGUUCAUUUUAUCUCUUAAAUACUUCAAAAGCAUUUGUUACCCCAAGACAGUAAUUUUUAGGUAGAAAAGACGAAAGAAAAGGGCCAGCGCUAAAAACAAAGUUUCAAACUUGGCUGAUAACCAUGAUGCACAACGACAGUUUCUAGAGGCGCUUGUGCAGCAUCCACACAGAAGCUAGCAUUUGACUCGAUAUCAAUAAAGUAUAUUUGGAAGCUUUUAGAACCAUCACAGCUUUUGGCUUUCUAAACAGAAUUUUCCAGAGUUAAAAAUUGUAAUUGUUUUUAGCUAGUAAAAGAAUUAUUCAAAAAAAUCAGAGUUACUACAGUUAGACUUAUAAAAGUAAGUCUUUUUAUUCAAGAGCUCAAAUACCUCCUAGAAGCAUGAACUAUUUUAAUAAUCAGUUUUUUAUGGUUAUGGUCAAAUGAAUUAAAAAGAUUUUUUUGAUAAUGGUGAAGUUAAAAGAAAAAUCAUCUAAACACUGGACAUGAGAAGUUAAUUGACUUGAUUACAAAAUAAAAACCUUUGCAGUGCUAAGUUAUCUUAGAUUUAAUCUUUCUGAAGUGGGACACGUCUCAUAGAGAAAUGCUUUUCAUGAAUGUACACUCCAGCAUUAACAGAGUUCACAGAGCUUGUUUCCUGUCGGUGACCCUCUGAGGAGCUGCCCAUACCGAGAACAAGCUGUGACGUCAGUAGAGAAAGCUUUGGCUUUUAGAGAUGGCUUUAUAGUUAAUUGAAGUCACAGUUGUGUGUAUUAUGUCUGUACUCAGAAAUGUGCUUCCAUGGCAGCCCUGAAAUGGAGAAGGGUGGGUCCUGAGGUAAUGGGUAUCAGUUAUCUGAAGCAAUUAGACUUCUUUUUGAAGCAAUUGAAUAAAGUUUAUGGUUAUUGUAAUUUAAAUAAAAUUAUUAAAUAUUUAA